UUUAUUCGUCAGACUCAAAUGGCAAGCGACUUUAUUAAGGUUCACACACGCGUCUCAUUAAACGUUCAGAGCUCGCGUAAAUCAGAUAUCCGUUCAUUAAAGUCGUAUAAUCUCCGAGUCUGAACACUAAACGUGAAUUUGUGAAGAAAUGAACGCGACAGCAGAUCUAGAAAUGAACGCUAAAUCCGCUGUUGAUGAUCCGCACGUCAAAGUAACGCCACGACAAGGGGGCGUGUCCUUAAGAAGAAGACCUCCAGAUUCCAGAUGUAACGCCAGGAGCGUCAAUUCAGGUUUUAAAUCUCCAGUUCAGAAGCCUAAUAUGGAGAAAUCUCCAGUGUGCCCUGAGGAAGAGGUCAAAGAGCUCAAGAAAACACUUGAUCGGCUGAAUUCAGAGAUCGCCUUGUUGGAACAAGAAGGAUUUGUUGUACAAGAGCUAGAUCAACACAUAGACCUUCUGCACGAAUACAAUGACAUCAAAGACAUCGCACAAACUCUGCUGGGCAGAUUAGCUGGCUUGCGUGGAGUGACCACACGAGACUUGUACAAUCACUUUGGCCUCGAGCUGGAUGACUGAGCUUCAUGAGAAGAGAUCGAGUAACUGCAAGGCAUCUUAAUAUUAAUUAAUGUUAUGUCUUUGCAGCAAAUAAGCCAGUUAGUGUUGUUUUCUUCAUACUGUUGUGAUAGAUGAGACAAAUUUAGAAGUUUCAGUACAAUUAACAUGAAAAUGUACUCACCCUCAGGACAU